AUGGAGGAGAGGGAGGGAGAGGGGAGAGGAGGUAGGAAGAGGAGGGAGGGAGGUGGAAGGGUGAGGAGUGGAGAGGUUAGAGAGAGAGGAGAGAGGAGAGAGGUGGAGGAGAGGUGAGAGGUGAGGGAGGGGUGGGGCGGUGGGUCGGGUCGGCUGGGGGUGGGAACGGUGAUGGUUUGGGGGAGUUUUUUCGUGGGUUGUUUUUUUUCGCCUCUUUGCUUUGGGGUUUUUUUGGGGGGGGUGCUUGGGGGUCCCGUAUUCCUUUUGUCUUUGGUUUGGUCGUGGUGGGGGCCGGGGUCUGGGGGGGGGGGUGCCGUCCAAGGUGAGGAGGAUGAGGGAGAGGUGGAGGAAGAGGUGGAGAAAGAGGUGGGAGGAGAGGUGGAGGGAGAGGUGGAGGGAGAGGUGGAGGAAGAGGUGGAAGAGAGUCUGGUCACCUCUCGCCAAAUCGCUGAAGGCAAAACACUAAGAGUAGAAGUAGAUGAUAGUGAGAAUGUAGCAGGAGAGGAGGUGGAGUCUGCUGUUGAGACAGUUGAGGAAGUGGAGGCUAGUGCUGACCAACAGACAGAGUCCACAGUAGCUACAGAAGAGGUUGAGUCCCCUAGCAAAGAACUGGCCGAGGAGCUAGAGGUGACCCCUUCAACACCAGAGGCUGCAGGUGAGGUUGCUGUUGAGGCAAGUGAGGCUAUAAGUGCAGUGGCAGGUGCAGCAGUGGAUGAGACAGUAGUGGAGGCUGCGGGUGAGACAGCAGGUGAGGCAUCAAGUGAGGCCGCAGGGGCGGCUGGUAGGACAGAACAGGCCCCAAAGCCAUUGGCUUCAUCUUUCCGUAACAAAUUCAGGAUGGGCUCCAAGAAAGAAUCUACUCCCAAGAGUCCAAAGAGUCCCACAGCAAAGUGCAAGCAACAGUGA